AUGUCCUUCUCCGCCUACUCGAGCCAAAGCUACGCGGGAGCCGGGCGCAGGACCGGCUCCGUGAUCCUGGGCAGCUCGUCCCGCACGGUGAGGACCAGCGUGGCGGGCGGCGGCUCGACCAAGGCCCGGCGCGCCGUCAGCGUCUACGGCGCCUCGACCCGGGGCAGCCGCAUGUCCACCUCCAGCUACGGCUCGGUCAAAGGCUGCGGCGUCGGCGUCGGCGUCGGGGGCUUCUACUCGGGCGGCUACAGCUCGGGGAUGCUGGAGCCGUUCGCCAUCAACGAGAAGCUGACCAUGCAGAACCUGAACGACCGGCUGGCCACCUACCUGGCGAAGGUGCGCGCCCUGGAGAAGUCCAACAGCCAGCUGGAGCUCCAGAUCCGGGAGUUCUACCAGAAGCAGGCUCCCUCCACCACCAAAGACCUGGGCGCCUACUGGAAGACCAUCCACGACCUCCGAGCCCAGAUCAACGCCGUCUCGCUGGCGAACGCCAAGGUCCUACUGCAGAUCGACAACGCGAAACUGGCCGCGGACGAUUUCAGAACCAAGUACGAGUCGGAGCUGGCCAUCAGACGCGGGGUGGAGAUGGACAUCAGCGGGCUACGCAAAGUCCUCGACGAGCUGACGGUCUCCAGGUCCGACCUGGAGUCACAAGUCCAAUCGAUAAAGGAGGAGCUGAUAUACGUCAAGAAGAGUCACGAGGAGGAGCUGAAAUCUCUGCGCAGCCAGCUGCGUGGCACGGUGACGGUGGACGUGGACUCCGGCCCGGGUACGGAUCUGACCAAGAUCCUGGAGGAAAUGAGGGAGCAGUACGAGCUGAUGGCCGCCAAGAACCAGAAGGAGGCGGAGGCCUGGUUCAGGGAACAGUCGUCCGUCGUUCAGCAGUCCGUGGCGACGAACACCCAGAUUGUGGGCACGGAGAAGGUGCAGCUGAACGAGCACAGACGCGUGCUGCAGACGGUGGAGAUUGAUCGCCAGUCGCUGCUCAGUUUGGUGAGUGGCCGUGAGAUUUUCACCCCAUCG